AUGCCAAAACGUAAAACUAAAGAUAAGAUUGAAUAUUAUAAAAGCAAAUUACGAAAGUUGGAAAACAAAAGCCGUCGUCGGAUAAGAUGCCUAUCGCCUUCAUCGGAUUCGGAACAAGAAACAAGAGAUACAAAUUCAAUUGGAAUUGGGGAUCCCGUAACUAUGAGCUCGGUUAUUGACGCCGAGCCUGGGACAUCAAUGGAAGCACCAAAUGAAGGGGUUACUGGUCCUGAAGUCUGUAUGAAUUCACCGGGCGAUAACAAUGUGGCGAAUUCUUCAACUGUUCCCGUUUUGGAUCCAAGUAUUUUGGCAGCAUUAGGGGAAAUCACGGACGAAACCCCAGAGUUUGAACGCACCGAACGCGACAAUACGCUGUUCGGUAGCGAUCUCUCAGAAAAAAUAAAAGCCUCUAAGACUAUUGUCAAACAAGGUGAGCUGAUUAAGAAAGCUUUGCCUCCGCCAAAGCCUUCCACUUCCAAUAAUUCUAGAGCGCAACCUAACGCUAACCGGUCCAGCUACCAGGGAAACUGGCAGGGACCUUCUCGUUCCCAGCCGAACAGAGGAGGGGGCGAGGAGGUCACAAGCGGACCAGCUACCGCAUUCCAACUUCUACCAGCCAGUCGAAGACCAGUCACACUUACAAGCCGCGUGUCUCAACGCGACGUCAGUGACCCAGGUACAUGCAGGAACUAUCACCAUCCUCUACACAGCCAUCUUAUGCUGGCUGCGGCGAUACUCUCCGAGAAGCCUUCCUUCGGCGUAACAUCCCAGUCCAAGCUA